AUGGCAUUUAGUGGACAUUGUUCACUUGGUGGUGUUGCUUCAUAUCAAACUUUCACAAAAGAAAUAAUGAAUACUACUGUUGCUAUGAUUAUUUCAGAAUCUCCAGAAUCAUUACGACCACCACUUGUAUCUAUUUUUAAUUUAGACAAUCAAAUAGCUCAUCGAAUUUGUCCUAGAAUUACAAAACCAAGACCUUUUAAACCAUUCGAUGCAUUAAAGCUAUUUGUCAGUCCACUCAAAAAAUCUUUAGCAAAAAUUAUUGAAAAAAAUACACAAGAGAUUCUUCUGGCAAAAAUUAUUAAAGAAGAUACACAAGAGAUUCUUCUGGCUAUUACUUCAAAUUCUGCUCAAGAAUUAUUGUUGAAAAUUGUUCUAAUUGCAAUAUUGAAAUAA